CCUAUGGCCUAUAGUUCAACCAACUAAAAAGAAAAUAAUUUAUCUUUUCUUUAAACCCAAUCCGAACCAUUUUACUAUUAUCGUUAGAAGAGGAAUUGAAAAGGUAAAAGUGUAAAUAUCCCAAAAAAGAAUAACGGCAAGGGGUUAGUCCGUUGGUAACGAACUCUUCUGUGCAAAACUAUACACAGAGAUGACGCUCCUCAUUCUUCUUCAUCACUUGCAAUUUCUCUGCAAAACGGAAAGAAGAAAAAAUGAAUUUCUUAGUGAAUUUGUACUUCAAUAGGAAUUGGACAAGACAAGACAUGAUGAGUUCUGCACCAAUUACCCAGCACGCUUACACAAGCUUGAAGACGGUAUAUGUUACUCUCUUGUUGGCCAUAUUGGCCACUACUUUUGGAUCCUACUUGCACUUGAUCUGGGAAACAGGGGGGAUGUUAUCGGUAAUUAAAUGUGGAUCAAGUUUACUCUUGCUUUACCGUACACCACAACAGAGAGUGUUGUCGAGGCUCUUAUACUUGAUGGAUGUUGCCAUUUGCUUCGGUGCUUCUGUUGGCCUUUUUACUAAGUAUUUCUUUGAAAUCGAUCAAAGCACUGUCAUUAGAUUUUUGCAAGGUGCAGCAAUUGUCUUUGGAUGUUUCUGGUGUGCAGCAAAAGUACAUAGGGAAAGGAGCUACAUCUACAUCACUAGCUUGUUUAGCACUUGUAUUCUAAUACUACUGCGGUUUGACGUUUCUCAGUGGACGCUAAAGGCAUACGUUCUGCUGGCACUCUUUAUGGGGUACCUUGUGCUAUAUAGCCAAGAGAUACUGUACAAUGCUCGCUUUGGAGAUAUUAACUUUGCCAACUGCGCAUUCACUAUCUUCUUCUGUUUACCAGCUAUUGUGGUCCAUGCUGUAAGACUAUGCCUGGGUGCAAACAUGCAUUGAGCAACACCGACAGAAUUAGUGCUGAUACACUUGGAACUAUAUAUAUACUCUGUGAUGAAGAAAACAUUGAAUAGGAUAUACUAUGUGAUGACUACAUUUUCUGUAAAUGAUGACUGCAUUUUACUGUAAACUCAUAGUCUGAAGCCAAGUGCUUUGAACAAAUAUACUUUGUGAUGAAGAAAACUUUGAAUAGAAUAUACUGCAGAAUUGUUCUUUCUUUUUUCAA